AUGGGUCUAGUUCACUACUUCAUUGGCAUUCAGGUUCAUGCUCACAACUAUGGCUUGUUCCUUAGUCAAGAGAAGUACACAACUAAUAUGUUAAUCAACACUGGAAUGGCUGACUGCGCACCUGUUUUUACACCGUUACCGCUGCAACUUGAUAGAGUUCCAGGACAAACAGAGCCUACUUACUUCAGAAGUCUUGCAGACUUUACGAACCUAAAACGUGUGCUGCAUUACCUCAAAGGAACGUAUCUGUACUGUGUUAACCUCAACGCUAACACUGAUAUCACUCUGCAAUCCUUCAAUGAUAGCGAGUAG